AAGUCGUUCAUUACCAUCUGCAGUCCACCAUUGACGAAGCUCCGUUCUCCCACCAUUAAUUCCAGCGUGCACCUCCGAGCAGCCCCGCCGUCGCCGACGUAUACUCCAGCGAGUAGCUGUUCGCGAGCGGUCCCAGUGUUCAGAGUUUCGAGUCCCGUUGACAGCAUCCCCGCAACCUUCUCCGCCCCGUCAGCACCAGGCUCCUCUGGCCAUGGACCUCACUCAGCUUUUGCGGGGACUGAGAACCCCACAGCGGUGCUGGAAUGGAUGAAAGAGCUGGAUAAGAUUUUUGUGGUACUCCCCCUCCCGGACCAUCAGCGGGUAUCUCUUGCAGCUUAUCAGAUGAAGGAGGACGCCUCUGUCUGGUGGAUUGACCACUGGGCCCGGAGGCCAGAGGCGGAGCUUCAUGCUCUUACUUGGGAGCAGAUGAAAGUGAUGGUGUGCAACAAGUUCCUUCCCCAGAGCUUUUGGGACAGAAUGGAGCAUGAGUUCUACCACUUGCAGCAGGGCAGCUCCACCGUGGAUGAGUAUAUCCGCACUUUCACCCGCAUGUGCCUUUUUGCGGGCGACGCAGUGAACACCGAUGCCAAGAAGGCCUGCAAAUUUCUCAAGGGGCUCAACCAGAGGAUCCGUGAACUGGUGGGAAGUCACGGACUGAUGUCUUUCGCAGAUACUGUUAGUCGGGUUCAGGAGGUAGAGAGCUGUCUCAUUCCAAUAGCCCCAGUCCCUUCCUGUUAUCAUGUCUCCCAGUCUUCUCAGGCUGUUGUCCAGCACGCUCAGCCCAUCUCAUCCGUGCUGCCCGGCUCUAGUUCAGGCAAGAGGAAGUCCGACAUUCAGAACAAGAAGAAAGGAAAGAAGGGGAAUUUCGAUAGACGCGACAACCGGUCCUCCACUGGCCAAACCUGCCCGAAAUGCGGCCAAUCCCACAGUGGCGAGUGCUUAGCUAACCAACGCAACUGCUUCAACUGCAACCGUCCGGGACACUAUGCCAAUGUCUGCCGUGAGCCGAAGAGACAGCAACAGCAACAACCGCCCUACCCUCAGCAGCAGCAAAAGCUUCCCCAACCACCUCCUCAUCAGCAGCAGCAGCCCCCACCAUUCCAGCAGAGGACUGGGGGUCAGGCCCGUGUCUACACCAUCACCCAUGAUGAGGCCAUUCGCAAUGCAGGUACCAUGUCCGGAAUGCUUUCGAUAUCCCAUGUGCCUGUUUUUGCUUUAUGUGAUACCGGUGCUACCCAUUCAUUUAUCUCAUCUUGUUGUUUGGAGUCCUUAUCUAUUAGCACCGUGUAUGCUUGUGAUCCUCUCGAGGUUAGCUUGGCCUCGGGAAAAAUUAUUAUCUCUGAUUCAGUGGUUCGCAAUCUUCCUAUCUGUAUUGGUGGUCGAGUUCUGGAGGCCGACGUUUAUGUAAUUGAUAUGCGAGACUUUGACGUAAUCUUGGGCAUGGACUGGCUCACCCGUUACCGAGCCGACAUCCGGUGCCAGGAGCGUGAAGUCACCCUCUAUCCCGUUUCCGAUCAGCCUGUUGUGUUCUUUGGGGUGAGUUCGAGGACUGUGCCUCGGGUCAUCUCUUCUAUGCAAGCUAGGAAGAGCCUUUCCAAGGUUAGCUGUCAAGGCUAUCUUGUUUCUAUGGUAUCCGACGUUGUUAAUGAGCGGGUGCCCGAGAGUGUAUCUAUUGUUUGCGAGUACCUCGACGUCUUUCCUGAUGACUUACCUGGAGGACCGCCAGACGGCCAGGUGAAGUUCACCAUUGAUCUAAUUCCCGGAGCCGGCCCCGUUUCUAAGGCCCCUUACCGUAUGGCGCCGAAGGAGCUUCAAGAGCUCAAGGCCCAGAUCCAGGAGUUGCUCAAACAUGGUUUUAUUCGUCCGAGUGUUUCGCUGUGGGGUGUGCCCGUCCUAUUCGUGAAAAAGAAAGACAGAUCUAUGCGUAUGUGCAUUGACUAUCGGGAGUUGAAUGCCCUUACAGUCAAGAACAAGUACCCCCUUUCCCGUAUUGAGGACCUUUUCGACCAGCUGAGAGGAGCCAGCUUCUUCUCAAAGAUCGACUUGCGUUCUGGCUAUCAUCAGCUGAAGAUCCGAGAGUCGGAUAUUUCCAAGACUGCUUUUCGUACCCGCUAUGGCCAUUAUGAGUUCGUAGUCAUGCCUUUCGGACUCAACAAUGCCACAGCCGUUUUCAUGGACCUUAUGAAUAGGGUCUUUCAUCCCUUCCUGGACCAGUUCGUCAUUGUGUUCAUCGACGACAUUCUGUUCUAUUCCCGAGAUAUCGACCAGCACAAGGAACAUCUGAGGAUUGUGCUGGAGACUCUUCGCCGCGAGAAGUUGUAUGCUAAGUUCUCGAAGUGCGAAUUCUGGCUGAACCGCGUGGCAUUCCUUGGCCACAUUGUGACAGCUCGAGGCAUUGAGGUGGAUCCGAGCAAGAUUGAGGCGGUGAGAAAAUGGGAUACACCAAGAAGUGUCGCGGAUGUUCGUAGUUUCUUGGGGUUAGCAGGAUACUACAGGAGGUUUAUCGAGGGCUUCUCGAAAGUAGCCCAGCCACUGACCAACCUUACGAAGAAGGCCGUGAGGCAGCUGAAGCCUCACGAGAAGAACUACCCCACUCAUGAUCUCAAGUUAGCUGUUGUUGUCCACGCCUUGAAGAUUUGGCGGCACUACCUCUAUGGAGGCAAGUGUGAGAUCUUUACCGACCAUAAGAGCCUAAA